AUGAAGCUUUACCUCAAGUACUAUCGAGCGGAAGAUUCUGCUGCGGAUGAUACUUUUUACCAUCUAGAAGUUCCGCUCGAAACAUUCAUCGUGCUGGUGCUGUACCGUUACCUAGAAAUUAACCCAUCGAACGUUGUUGUACAUUUUGUGCAAUGCAAAGCAACUUCCAACGUUCUGCCAGUUGUGGUUCCUCGCUCGAUGAUCGUCGGCAAUUUUAUUGCCGCCCCGAACAUGCUUCAGAAUGAUGAUCCUGCUCUAUACUGUCAAUUGCCCUCGAUCUCGAUCGAACGCAUCGAUACGAUUGUUUCCGGACUUUGCGGAGUUUGUCGUCGCUUGACAAAGGAACACGUGAAGGAGUCCCCAAAAUCGGAAGGAUUGCUUGGAUUCAAGGGUAACACACUAGUAGCACCGGCGGAUGCUUCUCUGUGGACAAAGUUUUGCGAAAUUGAUAUAAUACGUUGCGUGGAGGACUUACUCUCGUACGAAGUGGAUGGCAGCAAUUUCCCUAACGAGCUAGGCCAGUUCGAAAGUCAUCUACAGCAGCCACUAAAAUCACACAACAUUUACAAACUGAUCAAUCUGGUUAACAAUGUGCGCAUAUCAUCGAACGAAGAGCAUCAGAAGCUAGUAGCCGCUGAGGAACGGUUCGAUUUCCAUGCCAACCACAAGUUUGCGGAAGGAUACGACAAAACGCUGGCCGAUCUGAUACUGUUUAUUUGCUUUGACCUGAUUGUGUGUCGCCUGACGAAGGACUUUGUUCGUGAAAAGUGUCCCAACACUAUGGAGUGGCUAGAGCGCGUGGACAAAGAUGACGAUGGGACUCUGAAGCGAGUAUGUAAUGAACUGAUGAUGACUGUUGGGAACGUUCGUCAACCAUCUCCACUAACAUGGUCAAGUUUGGAGAAGGUGCAGAUUAUCAUCCCGAAGGAAUUUAGUCUUUACAAAUCAGACACCAAAAAGCUCAACUUGAAAGGUGACCAAAUAUUGACGACGAACCAAGCCGAGGUAUUGGAUAUUUUGAGUAAAGUUAGUCAAAUCCCUACCGACAUCGGUAGCACUGAGAACGAUUGGGAGACGAACCAAUUUAACUGGGACACGAUACCGAUAGAUGCGCGUCCAGAAGGUGGCAAGUUACCGCCCGCUCGCAUCCUCCGGAAGCGUCAUCAGCUAGAAAGUUUGGUAAACGAAGUAAUGCAGCUGGCUACCGACGGAUCAAUCAUCGUUGACUUUUGCUCCGGUACCGGACAUCUCGGUAUACUGUUGGCCUACCUUCUACCCAGCUGCACAAUUUAUCUGCUCGAAAACAAGGAAGAAUCGCAACAACGUGCGAUGGAACGUGUCGGUCGGCUUGCCUUGCGGAAUGUGGUGUUUUUUCAAUGCAAUUUGGACUAUUUCACCGCUCGCUUCGAUAUCGGCGUAUCACUGCAUGCGUGUGGCGUUGCAACGGACAUUGUGCUGGAGAAGUGUUUUGCCCAUCGUGCACACUUUGUUAGCUGUCCGUGCUGUUACGGCAAGCUGUACAAUAUCGAGCAUGUGACGUAUCCAAGAAGCCAGCUUUUCCAGCGGUCGGAAUUGCUGCUGAAAGAAUAUUUCUGCCUAGCGCACUGUGCGGAUCAAACGCAUGAUCUGUCGAGUGAUAGGACGAAUGUGGCGAAAGCACACCAAGGGUUUUACUGCAUGGAUGUGAUCGAUCGGGACCGGGCACUGAGAGCAGAAGAGCUAGGAUAUGUAGUAUUGCGCAAGCGGUUGAAGGAUGAGACCUGUACGCCAAAGAACCGUCUUUUGGUGGGCGUGUAUGGGAGUGUUUGA